AUCUCAGGCACCACUCUGAGUGUGCAUUAGGACAAGCAGCUUGUACUGUACAACUUGCAACGUAUCAGAGAGAGGGACAAGUCACCAUGAGCACAGUUGGGCAAGUUAUCAAAUGUAAGGCAGCAAUAGCAUGGGAGGCAGGGAAGCCUUUCAGCGUGGAGGAGAUAGAAGUUGCUCCCCCCAGAGAUCACGAAGUUCGGAUAAAGAUCGUUGCCACGGGAGUCUGUAGAACUGAUGCUCAUGCAGUGAGUACUCAUUUUAAAGAGGGUCUAUUCCCCGUCAUCCUUGGUCAUGAAGGAGCUGGAAUUGUGGAAAGUGUUGGACCAGGUGUCACAAGGGUUAAACCAGGUGACAAAGUCAUCCCUCUCUACAUCCCACAAUGCGGUGAAUGUAAGUUCUGCCUGAAUCCCAAAACCAACAUAUGUGAAAAGAUCAGUAAAAUUAAAACUGCUAUUUCCGAUCAAGACCUGAUGGCAGAUAACACAAGCCGGUUCAGCAGCAAAGGGAAACAGCUGUAUCACUUCAUGGGCACCAGCACCUUUUCUGAAUACACAGUUUGUGCUGAAACAUCAGUUGCUAAGAUUGACGAUGCUGCUCCCCUGGAUAAAGUUUGCCUGAUUGGCUGUGGGUUCUCAACCGGGUAUGGUGCUGCUAUCAACACGGCUAAGGUUGAAGCUGGAUCCACAUGUGCUGUCUUUGGCUUGGGAGGAGUUGGGCUCUCAGCUGUCAUGGGAUGUAAAGCAGCUGGUGCAACUCGAAUCAUUGGUAUUGACAUCAACAAAGACAAAUUUCCCAAAGCUCUGGAGUUGGGAGCCACCGAAUGCAUAAAUCCAAAGGAUUAUGAUAAACCCAUUCAGAAGGUCAUAGCUGAAAAGACCAAUGGUGGCGUAGACUUCUCCAUUGAGUGCAUCGGAAUUCUUGAGGUCAUGAAAGCUGCUCUGGAAUGCACCACUGUGGGCUGGGGAAGAUGUGCAAUUGUUGGAGUCUCACUGGCAGAAGAGGGGUUGCCAGUUGAUCCAUUUCAGCUGCUAAUGGGACGCACCUUAAAUGCCACAUUCUUUGGAGGCUGGAAGAGUGUGGACAAUGUUCCAAAGCUAGUGUCUGACUAUUUGUCCAAAAAGUUUGACCUGGAUGCAUUGGUGACUUACACUUUGCCAUUUGAUGAAAUUAACAAGGCUUUUGACCUUAUGCGUGAGGGGAAGAGCAUCCGAACAGUGCUGGUCUUUUAAAUACAAGCAUUUUGGGAGUCACUGAGAACCACUGAAAAAUCACUUUUACUUGUAAAGCAAGUUCCAACAUGCCAAGAGCUUCAACAUGUAAAUGUAUCCUAAUAAAACAUGUAUGCAAAAUAUAUAUAGUAUGAUCACUAUAGAUGUAGGCUACGGUGACCAUAUUAUCCCUUUUACCUGGGACGCUCAUGGAAUACACAGGUUCUGUGGCUGGCUGACUACAAGCCUACAUUACAGCUGGUUUUAAUCAGACACAGAACCUGUGUAAUCUAUGAGCGUCCCAGGUAAAAGGGAUAAUAUGGUCACCCUACAUUAAAUCUAUGUGCAACAAUGCAGAUAAGUCAGCUAUACCAUGACUAAGUUUUCUGUAUCAUUUUUCAUAUUAUUAAAUAAACUAUAUCAAAAUAA